AUAAAACGAGCUGGGACCAUGAAGAGGAGUGACGAGCCGAGGAGCUUCAUCCAUGUGGGGAAAGCUGGGGGGCAAAAAACACACUGAAAAAAAAGUCAGAAGAAGACCUAUGGGACUGGCCAAGCAGGGAGACGACGGUGCAGCAGCAGCGCAGAGCAGACCGGCGCUCGGGAGACCACCGCAACUUCUGUGAGCGCGCGGCAGCGGCGACGAUGAACUCCGACACUCCGUACGACGACACCGCGUCCACCCUGGUGUUAGAAAACAUCAAAAACAAACUCAUCCACGCGUUCAGGGGGUCGGCAGAGCAGGUGUCCACGACGUGCGACAGUGGCCACCCGGCAAGCCUCGUCACCAAGGACCUGCGAGCCAACGAGGAGCUGAGGAGAGCGAAAAUAGACGGGGCGAUAACAUGGCUAAGGAGCGAGCUGCUGGAGAUGCGCUCCCAGGAUCGGCAGCUGGCUAAAACUUUGUUGGACAUCAACACAGAAAUCCAGAGACUAAGAAGAGAAAGCGAAGCAGCAGCACCAGACAGGAAUUUCAAUGGCACACCGGCUCUGCAAAACACAGGCCCUAAAAAGGAAACAUUGUGAGCGUGAAAGACUAGCAGAGAAAAUCCCACUGCUGCCACCACGUCCUCUGCUUCUGAAUG